GCCGGGCUGCGCCGUGUGCGUGGCGGGCUCACCGUGAAGCAGCAGGGGCUAACCGCCACCUCCCCCGCCCGGCGCCUUUACGCCGUUUGCGUAGCGUGCCCCAAGAUGGCGUCGCGGUCGUCGUCGGCGGUGGCCGGAGCGCUGGCAGCGGCGGCGGAGCGGCUGGAAGUGAAGGGAGGGAUGAGGCGGGCGAAGGGCGGCAGCGCGUAGCGGGCGGCUCCCGGCUGCGGGAGACAGAGCGAGACCCACACAGAGACUGCCGCGGGGAGGCGGCCCCCCCUUCGUGCCCCCCCUCCUCUCCCCGUCCUUCCCCGCCCGCCCCUCACGGCAGCCCCGGCGGGUCCUGCCCGCCCUCGCCCUCUAGGCCGCGGGCCUCGCCGCGCUCCGGCCCGACCCCGCCGCCCCUCGGAGCGGAGGAUGAUGAAGCUCAAGUCCAACCAGACGCGCACCUACGACGGGGACGGCUACAAGAAGCGGGCGGCCUGCCUGUGCUUCCGCAGCGAGAGCGAGGAGGAGGUGCUGCUGGUGAGCAGUAGUCGUCAUCCUGACCGAUGGAUCGUCCCUGGGGGUGGCAUGGAGCCCGAGGAGGAGCCCAACGUGGCUGCGGUGCGGGAGGUCUGUGAAGAGGCUGGAGUGAAAGGGACGUUAGGAAGAUUAGUGGGAAUUUUUGAGAAUCGGGACAGGAAACACAGGACAUAUGUUUACGUACUUAUCGUCACAGAAGUGUUGGAAGACUGGGAGGACUCUGUCAAUAUUGGAAGGAAAAGGGAAUGGUUUAAGAUUGAAGAUGCCAUAAAAGUUCUGCAGUAUCAUAAACCAGUGCAAGCCUCGUAUUUCGAAACCUUGAGGCAAGGCUGCUUGGCAAACAACGGCACUCCUGUCAUGACCACGACAUACUCUGAGAGCUCUGUGCCUGACAUCAGAUGACUGAAGAGGUCCCUGGGAGAGAGAUUCUGAGAAACAGACUGAAACAUGGAUUUCCCUUCCCCGUCCCCUUUUUCACAUGCCUCCUCUCUCAAGCCAGGCCUGGGCAGCAGCAGCCUGUGGCACAGCAAGUGGUGAGAGUGCUGCAAUUUAGUGCAAGGUGGGAUUUAUUAAUUUUUUUUCCUUUUUGUUGGCUUUUUUUUGUUGUUUUUUGGCUUUUUUUGGAUCUGUAUUUUGUAAAAUACAUUUUGUGCAUGAAGUGCCCCUUUCUUUCCCGUCACACUGCUUCCAUGGCCUGGCGAGCGAGGCUGCCAGUCUGGCCUCUGCCUUGUGUUCUCAAGUGUCCCGUUUGUGUCAGCCCAGCCAUAGCCACUUCUUUUUUUGGGGUUGUUUUGGGUUUUUUUGUUGUUUUUUCUUUUUUUUUAAUUAAAAGACUUCAAAUGUGAGAUCAA